AUGGAAGGACUUGUUGGCCUGUCUUCUCGGAUCUUCGAUGAUUCCAGGCAGACGAGACGAGCAACACUGCAGAUGACGUGGCUGCAACUGAGGUAUCUCCUCCAAAUGCAGAGGGGCAGGGGCUUCGGAUUCUUGAGCAGGGCAUUCGGGUCGAAGCCGACGGCAGGGGGGUUGGCCCUCCCCGAGGAACCCGACCUGGAUCUCGAGUACGUGCUGGAGCCGGGAAACGCAGAGGAGAUAACCGAAAACAUCAGAGCGAGGAAGGAGAGAGGCGACAUCCGCGAGGUCACGGGACUGUACGAGAGAUGGCAACGGACGAAAGACGAGGCUUCGAGGGAUGCGUUCUACGCGGAAGCGAAGCUCCUUCCGAAUCGUCUGUCGCCCCGAGUGUCCCAUCUGACGGACGAGCCCGAAGUGCUGGAGUCUUUCGGCGGGAAGCCCGAGUUCGCCUUCGCUCCGAAGAGGUUCGAGGAAAUCGGGAAGAAGCUGGACGGGUUCCGGACGGACAGCCUGGGGAAGGUGAGCGGGCAGAGGGCCCACGUGAUCCGUGGGUCCCUGGCCCUGCUCGAAUGGGCUCUCUUGCAGUAUUCCCUGGCGGUUCUGCGCGCCGAGGGCUUCUCCCUCGUCUCCGUUCCCGAUCUCCUUCAUCCACGCAUCGUAGAAGCCUGUGGCUUCCCGGCCGAUCUUCAACGAGGCCAGGCGAGACCGGAUAGUUCUCCCGUGUGCCUGUCGGGAACGUCGGAGAUGGGCAUCGGAGGACUUCUGGCCGGGCGGGUGUUCUCCAGGGAAGACUUGCCGUUGCGGCUGGCCGCCGUCUCCCGCUGUUUUCGAGCGGAGGUCUCGGACACCCAUGCCGAGAGAGGGCUCUAUAGGGUGCACCACUUCACCAAGGUGGAGAUGUUCUGCGUCGGGGAGAACAGCGGCGAGAUCCUGGAAGAGUUGGUGAGAAUCCAAAAGAGACUGUUCGAGCCCUUGGGACUGUGGUGCCGGGUGCUCCGGAUGCCCCCGUCGGAUCUCGGACCCUCGGCGGCCGAGAAGAUCGACGUGGAAGCGUGGAUGCCCGGCCAUGGCUUCUUCGGCGAGAUCUCCUCCGCCUCGUCCUGCACCGACUACCAAGCCAGGAGGCUGGGGUUGAGACUGAGGGAGGACGGGAAGCAUCCGGAGACGGGAAAUGGGACGGCGUGCGCCAUCCCCCGACUCCUCAUCGCCCUGGCGGAGACGCACCAGAGACGGGACGGAACCGUGCGGGUGCCCGAGCCGCUCGCGUCCCUCCUCGGGGGCGUGGAGGUCCUCGAGAAGCCCAAGGUUCCUCUCAAGCUCCACUGGCUCAAGAAUAAAUGAUUCUCUGGUUCUCGGCGGUCGGUGCGAGCGCAUCCGCGUGUGUAUCGUUCGUGCUACGAAUAAAAGGACUAGGGAUCGCCCGGUGCUUCCCGGCUUUCUCCUGUACUUUAGAUGCUCCACGAAAUGUGAACGUUUCUUUCAUUCGCCUGCGAACCGCAUCUACGAAUUCUGUCAUUAGCCCUCUCGAGUUGCAAGUUAUAUUUUGACACUGUGAU